AUGUUAAGACAAUUAAGAUCAUUUUCAUCAACUUCUGCUAGUUUAAAAAACUUGAAAAUCGGGUUAAUUCCUGGUGACGGGAUCGGUAGAGAAGUUAUCCCUGCUGGGAAAGCUAUUUUGGAAAAUUUACCUUCAAAAUUCGGAUUAAAUUUCGAAUUCGUUAACUUAGAUGCUGGUUUUGAAUUAUUCCAAAAAACUGGUACUGCUUUACCUGAUGAAACCGUCAAGGUUUUAAAAGAAGAAUGUGACGGUGCUUUAUUUGGUGCUGUAUCAUCACCAACCACCAAAGUUGCUGGUUAUAGUUCCCCAAUUGUCGCUUUAAGAAAGAAAAUGGGAUUAUAUGCUAACGUUAGACCUGUUAAAUCCGUUGAAGGUAUUGGUAGACCAGUCGAUAUGGUUAUCGUUAGAGAAAACACCGAAGAUUUAUAUAUCAAGGAAGAAAAAACUUACAAAGCCGAAGACGGUACUAGAGUUGCUGAAGCUAUCAAGAGAAUUACUGAAUCAGCUACCACCAGAAUUGCUAAGAUGGCUUACGACAUCGCUUUAAAAAGACAAUCUAUCAGAGGUACUGUUCAAUCAUUACAUUCUGUUCCAUCGGUUACAGUUACCCAUAAAUCCAAUGUGUUAUCACAAUCUGAUGGAUUAUUCAGAGAAGUUUGUAAAGCUGUUUACGAAGCUAACCCUGAAGAAUAUAAUGGUAUUGAAUACAAAGAACAAAUUGUUGAUUCAAUGGUUUACAGAAUGUUCAGAGAACCAGAAAUUUUCGAUGUUGUUGUAGCACCAAAUUUGUAUGGUGAUAUUUUAAGUGAUGGUGCUGCUGCUUUAGUUGGUUCAUUAGGGGUUGUUCCAUCAGCUAAUGUUGGUGAUAACUUUGCUAUUGGUGAACCAUGUCACGGUUCAGCUCCUGAUAUUGAAGGUAAAGGUAUUUCUAAUCCAAUUGCUACUAUUAGAUCUACUGCUUUAAUGUUGGAAUUCAUGGGUUAUUCUGAACCAGCUGCUGUUAUUUAUGAAGCUGUUGAUGCUAACUUGGCUGAAGAUAAGAUCAAGACUCCAGAUUUGGGUGGAAACUCCAGUACCAAUGAAGUUAUUGAAGAUAUAGUUAGACGUUUGAACUAG